AUGUGUGGAACACCUCUUUACAUUGCUCCUGAAGUCCUAGAUCGAUCACCUAAGCGUAGUUAUGGAAAAGCUGUUGACAUGUGGAGUCUCGGUGUGAUCCUAUAUGUCUGUCUUUGUGGAUAUCCACCGUUUGCUAAAGACUUUGGUCCACCAUCUUUCGAAGAACAAAUAAAGUUGGGAAUAUAUCGGUUCUACCCCCCAGCGUGGAGUUAUAUUAGUAAUGAGGCAAAAAACUUAAUAAAGGGUUUAUUGAAUGUCAACGUAAGAGAUAGAUUAACAGCUUCCCAGGCAUUAGAACAUCCUUUUAUGCAGGUAAAGCUGAAUAAAAAAGGUUAG